AUGUUGCUAAAGCCUGCGACACCCCUCUCCAUUUUGCUACUGAUCGCAUUUGUGCUUUUGCUACUCUCAUGUCUUUCAACUCCGAUUGUUACGGGAAUCCCCUUAGCAACUUUUAAAGAUGUUGAUUAUGGUGUCUUUGGAUAUUGCAAGGGUGAUACCUGUACCAAUAUCCAUGUGGGAUACACGAGUAACGAUAUAAGUAGCACCGGCGAUGAUUUUAAUCUUCCUUCCGGUACUCGGAAGUCGCUAUCCUCGAUCCUCAUCAUCCAUCCAGUCGCCGCGUUCCUGACUCUCAUCUGCCUUUGCCUGGCUAUCGCGGCCCACUUCCAUGCGCCCUCGCACUCGCCGCGGUUUCUGUUGGCCCUCCUCAUCUUGUUGCUGCCAACGCUACUCGUGACUCUCCUCGCGUUCCUCGUCGAUAUCUUGCUCUUUGUGCCACAUCUAGGAUGGGGUGGUUGGAUCGUUCUGGCUGCGACCAUCAUACUUACCUCUUGCGGUGUGGUUACCUGUGCCAUGCGCCGAACCCUUGUGAGCAGGAAGGCAAGGAAACGCAGGAUCGCGGAAAAUGCUGAGAUGAGCGGAGAAAACUAUUACAACCGGCAGAACGCCGCUGCGGCUGCGAUUUCAGCCCCUGUUCCGGCCCCUGUCGAACCAAAGGAAACCUUUGUAUCUGGCUCCCUAAACUCCAACUCCGGGCCGACCUUCGCAUCCUUCCACACAGAAAGACAAGACAGUGAUGAUGAUCGAACCCCUCUCAAUUCGCGGACACCCUUGGGCGAUAUUCCAGCACCCCCGGAUCAUCGUGGCGCCCCCUAUCGCGGCCCGCAAGAUGAAUUUGGCAACAUUCCGCCUCAGGGCCCAGGUCCGUACGGUGCUGGUCCAAUGUCACGGAACCCCUCCGAUCCACGGAUUCGUCCCCAAUAUUCCGAUGGCAGUAUGGGUUCUCGAAGAGGGGGACCACCACCUGGCUUCAAUGGACGCGGUCGAGGUGGAUACCCUCCCCGGGGUGGACGUGGAGGGCCUUACAUGGGACCUUCCCGCGGCCCUUCCAAUGGCUCCCGAGGUGGCUACAUGGGUCCAGUGCCAGGCCGUGGAGGUCGCGGUGGAAUGAUGCCGCCUCGAGGACCACCAACCGGCUACGGACCAGGUCCAGGCGGCCCCAAUCGCGGGGUAGACCCAUAUGGUAGAGCUGACUCGCCUCCCAUGGACGACCCUUAUAGUUAUGGUCCUCCAGGUCAGACGCGCCAGCCAUCUCCCGGGCACAUUGGCAUGGCCGUGUCGCCGGACAUAGUGGGUCAAGCUAUUGAGAUGACUCCGCAACCUCAGCCGCAGUACGAGCAUGAGUCGACUCAACCAAUGAGCAGCGUGCCGCACGGGCUGUCAGCCGAAAAUAAUGGCGCCCCCGAAAGUCCGACUAGCAUGUACAGCCGCCCUGGUUCCUACGUUCCUGCUCGCGCGGGCUGGGGUGCAAAUGAUCCUCGUACCGUGUCCCCACGGCCGCCGGGGCAACCCCUGCAGCCUAACAAUGCUGGUCCCAAUUACUAUGAAGACGUUGAUCCCCGUUUUGCUCGUCGACCAUCACCCGCCAAUGAAUCUGCGAUCCCAUCUUCCUUGACGCCUGGAGCUACUCACUUUUAA